GGCGGGCCUUCCGGAACUGGGGCGCGUGGGUGAAGAAGGUCAGGACCAGAUAAAAUUGAAGAUUUUAUAAGGAAUUUUGUUCCUUACUGCUCAAGAAAUGUCUUCACUUUCAGAAUAUGCAUUGCGCAUGUCUCGCCUGAGUGCCCGCCUCUUUGGUGAAGUUGCCAGGCCUACCGAUUCCAAGUCCAUGAAAGUGGUGAAAUUGUUCAGUGAACAGCCCUUGGCUAAGAGGAAGGAGACUUAUGACUGGUAUCCAAAUCACAACACGUAUUUUGCACUCAUGGGCACACUCCGUUUUCUUGGCCUUUACAGAGACGAGCAUCAGGAUUUUAAGGAUGAGCAAAGACGUUUAAAGAAGCUUCGUGGAAAAGGGAAACCAAAGAAAGGAGAAGGGAAAAGAGCAGCAAAAAAGAAAUAGUGCCAGCCCAUCAAGAAACAACAUAUCUUCUUUAGUGACUGAGAGGAGGAACAUAAUAGAGGAACAUACUUCCUCAAUGAAGGUUAUUUGGAGAACUACAUCAUCCAAUCCAGUUAAAGUGUGACUGGUUUCUUGAACAUACUCUUAAUUCUGAAAAAUUAUUUUGGUCUCGGUUUUAUAAUCUGAGGUUUACCUAAUCCUCUAAAAGAACAAAUAAAUUGUUGUUUAAUGACAUGUUUGGGGUAGGGAUAGAAUCAUGGGGGAGUAGACAGGAAACCUUAUUAAAUGCGUGUCCCAUACUUUCCUCAUCUCUCCCUUGUUGCUUCCCACUCAUCCAGCCCUAACUUUCUUUCAUCACUCUGGCCAUUCAGCCACUGUCUCCACCACCAAGCUCACAAACUUUAUGGCUGUCUUCACCUACUCCUUUGAGGGUAUCUAAGUGGGAUGAAAGGCUUUUCUGGGAAAAGAGUACUUAACAUCCACUGUAUACAGGUACUGGGACACUGAUGAUACAACAGUUAACCAGAUAAACAGUUUCUGCCUCAUAGAACUUUUAGUCUAUGGGACAGACUAACAAAGUGACAUACAAUUGUAUUAGAUGAUACAAAGGAAAAAGGCAGACUUCUGUGAGAGGCUGAAUGGAUGAAUGUAUGAAUUGCCAAGGUGAUUCUUCUAAACUUUAGGAAGUUUAAAGAAGGCCUUUAUAAAGAAAUUAACUUAAGCUGAGUCCUGAAGAAUAAAUGAGAAAAGAAAAAUCUUGAGAAAGUGUUUGAGGCAAAGAGAACACCAUUUGUAAAGCCCUAAAAUAAGAAGAAAUUGUUUCAUUCAAAAAAAUUGAAACAAAUCACUGGUUCAAAGUUGGCAAUAAAUAUGCAGAUAGAUAAAAGCUUGGAUAUAACCAACUUAACCAGAGGUCAGAGAGUAAGAUCUUUUGUUUGGAGAUGACUGUUGUAUGUGUUUAAGUAAUUGCUAGUUUUAUUGUAUUAUAGCCGUGAAUUCCAAAGAGGUUUUGAGGGGUUUGUGUCCAUGUGUGUGUGUGUAUAAAAAUUUAGUUAUUCUGAAUCUUACUAUCCAGUAAACUUUCUUCUUUUUCCCUCUUUAUUGUGGUUAAAAAAAAAAAAGAAAAAAAAAUUAACAUCUUUAAGUUGCCACAACAGUGUUAACUAUAUGUAACCUCUGUUUCUACCUCUCAGACAAAAAACAAAAUGUAGCCAGGCAUUGGUGUCUCACCUGUAAUCCUCGAAACUUAGGAGACUUGAAGUGCAAGGGCAGUCCCAGGCAAAAAGCAAGACACCAUCUCAGAAAUACCCAACACACAAAAAAGGGACUGGCGGGAUGGUUCAAGGGGGAGUUCUCCUGCCUAGCAAGUGUGAGGCCCUGAGUUCAAACCCCAGUAUUGAAAAAAGAAGCAAAGUAUAUAGACAAGAGGAGAUACAGCAACCCUCCAGAUACAGUUGUCUUUCCCUGCAAUACUGAAUGACUCCUGGACUAGUGAGAAUCACCAGUACGUAUGUUUAGACAAUGUUAUUUAUACAUUAUGUAACUACAUAUGUUAGACAAUGUUAUUUUUAAAGAUGCAUAAUCCAGAUGGUAUGGCUGGGGUGUAUAGCCUGUUUAAAAAAAUACUACCUAAAAUUGGAUGAUUUAUGUCUAAUAGA